CGAAACAAACCUUCUUCAACUAAGAAAAUGAACUACCCUUCAAACCCUAACCCUAAUUUCACAGAUUUCGAUGAAACUUUCAAAUUCGAUGAUUACGAUUAUACUUUUCAGAUGAUUAUGGACCAAAUCAGCCUCGAAGACCACUCUCCCACUUUGAGCUGGACUUCAUCAGAGAGAUUAGUGGCCGCAGAAGUCACAAGCCCGCUUCAAACAAGCCUGGCUAGUUCACCUAUGAGCUUGGAAAUAGGGGACAAAGAUGGGAUCAAGAAGAGGAAGAGACACAAAGAAGACCCGAUCAUCCACGUGUUCAAAACAAAAUCGCCGGACCAUUCAUUGGACGACGGUUAUAAAUGGAGGAAAUACGGCAAGAAACCGAUAAGGGGUAGUCCACAUCCGAGGCAUUAUCACAAGUGUUCGAGCCCAAAUUGCGUCGUAAAGAAGAAGAUCGAGAAAGAUACAAACAAUCCAGAAUAUGUGUUGACAACCUACGAAGGGAUACAUAACCACGCAAGCCCUUCUGUAAUAUAUUGUGAUUCAGACGACUUUGAUCUUUCCUCUGUCAACACUUGGUCCUUUCAGACACAUACUUAUAGUUUAUCACAUUCGGCUCCAUGAUCAGGACUUACAAAAUUGUGUGUAUAGGUACGCGUUUGUGUAUAUAUAUGUGCCUAAAGUGUAUAUCAUCAUCAUAUUCAUGCGUCACAUGUAUCCACAUAUACCUUGUUGGGUCGGUUUUGUAAUGUACCGAUUUGGUGGAUGUGUAAUGGGAAACAUUGUAUGUGAGGUGUGACGGUAAUUUUUGUAAUAUAUUAACUAAUUUG